UUCAUCAGCUUCAUUGUUAAUUUCUUCUACCAGCAAUUCUGUCUUACCCCUCGAAUGUGGUGGAUCAUUAACAGAAACAAAAAAAAGAAAAAGAAAAAAAUAUCUGUUGUGGAAGAUUGACAAUUUGUUGGAUCAUCUGCUGCAUCAAAAAAUUUUAAAUACUUCCAAUCUGCAUGAUUUUGGAGAUGAACAAUCUACGCAGCUUCGCUCACCGAUUCUUUUCCAACCCUAAUUCCUCUCUUCAUCCAUCCAAACAUUUCCUACGCUUUUUCACUCUUUAGUUUUUUUUCCUUAAUUAAUUUCGGAGGGAAAAUUGAGAUGAACUGUAAAGCUCCGGCCGUGAAAUUGGACGACGAGCAGUUGGCGGAGCUGCGGGAGAUAUUCCGAUCAUUCGACCGGAACAAUGACGGUAGCCUGACGGAGCUGGAGCUUGGCUCGCUGCUGCGGUCGCUCGGUUUGAAGCCGAGCCCCGAUCAGAUCGACGCGCUGAUCCAGAAGGCCGACACGAACAGCAACGGAUUGAUAGAGUUCUCGGAGUUCGUGUCGCUGGUGGCGCCGGAGCUCCUGCCGUCGAAGUCGCCUUACACGGAGGAGCAGCUCAGGCAGCUCUUCGAGAUGUUUGAUCGGGACGGAAACGGUUACAUCACGGCAGCGGAGCUGGCGCACUCCAUGGCCAAGCUCGGCCAUGCCCUGACUGCGGAAGAGCUCACCGGGAUGAUCAGGGAGGCCGACACCGACGGCGACGGCAGGAUCAAUUUUCAGGAGUUCUCGCAAGCAAUCACCUCUGCCGCCUUUGAUAAUUCUUGGGCUUGAUUAUUCCAUUUUCUCUUACCAUCAAUUUCUUGUUUAGGUAAGAGUGUUGAUUUUGGGGAAAAAUAAUGCCUUGGUGCUAAUUCUCUAGUAGAAAUUCAAGUAUGCAUUUUUGAAUGGUAUUUCACUAUGCAUCUAUCUA